AUGGCUAAAGGGCAAGGAAAGCGCUCCUCGGACGCAAAUGAGGCUGCGCCCGCAGCUGCGGUUGCAGCUCCUGCUGCCGAGAGCACCGUGAUGCCCGACGAAAGUGCUUUCGCAGGUCUGCGACAGAAAAUCGAACAGCGCUUGAAGAACCAGAACCAGAAUUCUGGCAAGGGAAAGAAGAACAACAAUAACAAGGCUCCCGUGCCUUCAAAAGAUACUUCCGACAAGAAAGGAAAGCCACCCCCCGCCAAGCCCAGCCGACCCCAAGACGCCGCUCAAAGCAAGAAGCGGGAUCGCAAUGGCGAGCCAAUUGCCCGAGUUGAAAAGAAGAGUGGAAAGGAUCAACAGGAUAAGCCGAAGGGAUCAAAGAAGCUCAGCAGUGAGGAAACGCUGCGCCAGGAGAUCCUUGCUAUGGGAGGCACAGAAGAAGAUCUAGAUCUUCUUGCCGGAGUCGACUCGGAGUCGGAGGUUGAAGGCGAAACAGCCAAAGGAGAUGACGACCUCCGAAAGCAACUCGCAAGUAUGCUGGAUGCUGCUGGCCACGUUGUGCCCGAGGAUCUUGCAGACGAUGAAGUUGAAGAUGUUGAGGACGAGGAAGAAAGCGACGAGGAAGUGGAUGCCGAGGAUAGCGAGGACAAUGCUGAGAGCAGCGGCCCAGAGUCGGACAUUGAGGAAGAGCCUGCUCACAAGGCCAAACCCGAGCUUGCUCUGCCCAAGGAGUUUCAAAAAUUGAAUGUCCUUCCUCGUUCCGAUUGGUACAAUAUUCCCAUGCCUUCUGUCCCUGACACAAAACAAAUGAAUGCACUGCCGCGCCACCUGAUCGACCGCGUCCACGAGUUGGCCAACAACCUACUCCAGGAGGAAAACGAGGAAUAUGCGGUAGCUCAAAGAACCUCCGCUUCCUCAUCACACAAGUUCUACUCGACCAUCAUGACAUCCGGUACCCUGAGCGAUAAGAUUUCAGCAUUGACUUUGAACGUCCAAGAAUCACCCCUCCACAACACCAAGGCGCUGGAAACCCUAAUUGGCCUUGGAAAGAAGCGCAGUCGUGCGCAAGCAGUCGAAGUUCUGCGAUCAUUGAAGGAUAUGUUCGCCCAGGGUACUCUCUUGCCCAACGACCGACGACUGAGGGCGUUCGCCAACCAACCCGGGCUUGUGGCAGCAUUCCAAGGCGCCGGUGGUCGAUGGAACGAGAAGGACCCUCUUCCCGGUGGUCUGAAGAAGAGCCAGCUGAUUGUUUGGGCCUUUGAGAACAUUGUGAAGGAUCAAUUCUUCGAGGUCUUGAAGAUUUUGGAAAUUUGGUGUAACGACGAAAUCGAGUUCUCCCGCUCCCGAGCCGUGAGUUAUGUCUACGAACUGCUCAAGGAGAAGCCCGAGCAAGAGAACAACCUCCUGCGACUGCUGGUCAACAAGCUUGGUGACCCGGGCAAGAAAAUCGCCUCUCGAGCGUCUUACCUUCUUCUGCAACUCAUGCAGUCGCAUCCUAUGAUGAAGCCUAUUAUCAUUAAGUCAGUGGAAGAGGUGUUGUUCCGCCCUGGUCAGAGCUCGCACACCAAGUACUAUGCCAUUAUUACUUUGAACCAAACCAUCCUGAGACAGAAGGAGGAGAAGGUGGCUGCUCAAUUGCUGGACAUCUACUUUGGUCUCUUCCUUGUUCUCCUAAAGCCCGCAGGCAAGCCAGCCCCUCCACCCAAGCGCGGCAAGCCCGGAAAGGGCCACAAGGGUAAGGGCGAUGAUGAAGCAAAGGGCCAAGCACAAGACGAGGAAAUGCGGGAGAAGUUGAUCUCUGGAGUCUUGACUGGUGUCAACCGUGCUUAUCCCUUCACUGACUCCGAUUCCGAUCGCAUGUCAAAGCAUCUUGAUACCCUCUUCCGCAUCACGCACUCGUCCAACUUCAACACCAGCAUUCAAGCUCUCAUGCUCAUUCAACAACUCACGGUGGCCAACAAGGUCUCCGGUGAUCGUUUCUACCGCACUUUGUACGAAUCUCUGCUUGACCCACGUGUGACUACCUCAUCAAAGCAAUCGCUUUACCUCAACCUCCUCUACAAAGCCCUGAAGAACGAUCUCAACGUACGACGAGUCAAGGCGUUCGUCAAGCGUCUUGUGCAGGUCCUUGGCAUGCACCAGCCCUCGUUCAUCUGCGGUAUCUUCUACAUGAUCCGUGAGCUUGAGAAGACCUUCACAGGUCUCACCGCCCUGGUCGAUCAACCCGAGGAACUUGAUGAUGACGAGGAAGAGAUCUUCCGCGAUGUUCCUGACGAGGAUGACGAGCAGCCCGAGGAAGUCCCGGCUGUUGAGACCAAGCCUAAGCAAUCCAACGCAUACGAUCCUCGCAAGCGAGACCCCGAGCACAGCAAUGCUGACCGAAGCUGUCUCUGGGAAUUGCUACCCUUCACCAACCAUUUCCAUCCCUCCGUUUCUCUCAAUGCCAGCAAUCUGCUCGAACACAAGCCCAUGAGCGGCAAGCCAGACCUGACCUUGCACACGCUCACUCACUUCCUCGACCGCUUCGUCUACCGCACACCCAAGGCCAAUGCCGGUGCUCGUGGCGCUUCUAUCAUGCAGCCCCUCGCUGGCGGUGAUACUGUCGAUCGAUUGGUGGAGGCCGGCAAGAAGGCUCAGAACCAACUGCCACUCAACACCGACGCCUUUUGGAAGAAGAAGGCCGAGGACGUUGCUGCCGAGGACGUCUUCUUCCACGAGUACUUCACCCGUGUCAACAAGGACAAGGAGAAGACCCGCGUCAAGAAGGGCAAGGAUACCGAUCGUGAAGAUGGAGACGAAGAGGGUAUCAGCGACAACGAGGACGAAAUUUGGAAAGCGCUGGUCGAUUCUCGCCCCGAGUUGGAAGCCGACGAGAGCGACGACGAUCUGGAUAUGUCCGACUUGGAAUCGGCAUUCGAUGCAGAGGACGGAGAGGGCGACGACGAGUCGGAUGGCGGUGUCAUCUUCAACGACGAGUCCGACGUUCCCUCCGACGAGGACGAGGAGAUGGCCGACUUCAGCGAGCUCGAAGAAGCUGCUCCCGCCAAGUCGAAGAAGGCCGCCAAGAAACCGUCCAAGGACGAGGAGGAGGAUUCCGACGACUUCGACAUGGACGUUUCGGACGACGGGGCCUUCCUGGACAGCGACGAAGAUCUUCCCUCCGACAUGGAGAUUGGUGGUGCGGCGCUCGCAGAGCCCGAGGUCCCUGCUCCGGAAGAGUCCAACAGCAAGAAGCGCCGCAAGCUCAAGCAGCUGCCUACUUUCGCCUCUGCGGACGACUACGCGGCGCUCCUGGCCGACGACGACGACGGAAUGUAA